GCAGCCAGAGCAAGAGCAUCGGUAGCUCGGGGUUUUCAGAACUAGCGGCAGCAGCUCUGUGGGGGCACCUGUGCGGCGCAGAAGUAGAAGGACCGGGGUUGGGGUUCGUGCCAGCCGCUGAGCCCUAACGGAGGGGCGCUUCCCAGCCCCUUAGGAUUCCACUGCUCCGCAGAAUCUCGGCCCGGAGCUGGGAAUACUGGUGGGGUGUCAUGUGCAGGGCCGGCUAGACAGCUGGGGCAGGGAAACAUUUGGUCCAAGAGUAGAGAGGCAGAGAAAGCUGUGUCUGGGACCAUGACAGCCUCCCGCCUGGACUUUGGGGAGGUGGAAACUUUCCUGGACAGGCACCCAGAGUUGUUUGAAGAUUACUUGAUGCGGAAGGGAAAGCAGGAGAUGGUGGAGAAGUGGCUGCAGAGACACAGUCAAAGUCAGGGGGCUUUAGGCCCAAGGCCCACAUUGGCUGGCACAAGUGGCGUGGCUCACGGCGGUGGCAGAGGUAGUAACAGCAGCGUUGGUGAUGGCAUCGGACCAAAUGUCUCUGCUAACAGCCAGCACACUCUGGGUGGUAGGGACUCAGGUGGGGUUCCCCUGAGUCCCAGCUGGGCCAGUGGCAGCCGCAGCGAUGGGAGCCUGCAGCGGAGAGCUUCUCAGAAAGAGCUAAGGAAGAAUUUUGCCCGCUCCAAGGCCAUCCACGUGAACAGGACCUAUGAUGAACAAGUGACCUCCCGGGCCCAGGAGCCCCUGAGCAGUGUGAGGCGGAGGGCACUUCUCCGGAAGGCCAGCUCCCUGCCCCCCACCACGGCCCACAUUCUCAGUGCACUGCUGGAAUCGCGGGUGAAUGUGCCUCAGUACCCCCCUACUGCCAUGGACUACAAGUGCCACCUCAAAAAGCAUAAUGAGCGUCAGUUCUUCCUGGAACUGGUCAAGGAUAUCUCCAAUGACCUUGACCUUACUAGUCUGAGCUACAAGAUCCUCAUCUUUGUCUGCCUCAUGGUGGACGCUGACCGCUGCUCUCUCUUCCUGGUGGAAGGGGCAGCUGCUGGCAAGAAGAGCUUGGUCUCCAAAUUCUUUGAUGUGCAUGCAGGAACCCCACUGCUGCCCUGCAGCUGCACAGAAAACUCAAAUGAGGUGCAGGUCCCCUGGGGCAAAGGCAUCAUUGGCUAUGUCGGGGAGCAUGGAGAGACGGUCAACAUUCCUGAUGCCUACCAGGAUAGAAGAUUCAAUGAUGAAAUUGACAAGCUAACUGGAUACAAGACAAAAUCAUUACUGUGCAUGCCUAUCCGAAGCAGUGAUGGUGAGAUUAUCGGUGUGGCCCAAGCAAUAAAUAAGAUUCCUGAAGGUGCUCCAUUUACUGAAGAUGAUGAAAAAGUAAGAUUUCAUGCUUUUUGUGACUU